AUGCAGUCACCACUGACCAUCUUCUUCAUGCUGGUCUUUGUCCUGCUGUGUUUCCUGGGGAUCCUAGCCAACAGCUUCAUCAUGCUGACGCUGAGCAGGGAGUGGCUGAGAUGUGGCCGGCUGAUGCCGUGGGACACCAUCCUCCUUGGCUUGAGCGGCUCUCGCUUCUGCCAGCAAUGUGUCGGGCUGGUGAACAGCUUUUUCUUCUUCCUCUACCUGGUGGAGUACUCCAGGAGUGCUGCCCGCCAGCUGGUUGGCCUCUACUUGGAUUUCUUCAACUCCACCACCUUCUGGUUUGGUACUUGGCUCAGUGUGGUGUUCUGCAUCAAAGUUGCUAACUUCUCCCACCCUGUUUUCCUCUGGUUGAAGUGGCGACUUCCAGGAUUGGUGCCUCGGCUCCUGCUGGGCUCCCUCCUGAUCUCCUUCAUCAUCACCUUGCUCUUCUUUUGGGGCAACCACAUGGUGUAUCAAGCACUUUUGAUGGCCAAUUUCUCUGGGGACAUGGACUUUAAUGAGUGGAACAAAGGGCUGGAAAACCACUAUUUCAUGCCUCUGAAGCUCACCACGUUGGUGAUUCCUUGCUUUCUUUUUCUGGUCUCAAUUUUGUUGUUGAUCAUCUCUCUUAGGCGGCACACCCAGAGAAUGCAACACAAUGCCUACAGCCUACAGGAGCCCGGUGUCCAGCCUCAGAACAGGGCUCUGUACUCACUCAUCUCCUUCCUUAUUCUUUAUGCGCUAGCAUUCAUGUCCCUGGUCACUGAUGCCAUCGUCUUUGUCUCCUCUGAGAGCGAGUGGUACUGGCUGUGGCAAAGUGUACUCUACCUGUGCGUGUCUGUCCACCCUUAUGUCGUCAUCACCACCAAUCUUAAGUUUCGAGGCAGGCUCAGGCAGCUCCUCUUGCUGGCCAGGGGUUUCUGGGUGACCUAG